AAAUGACCCAAUUAAAACAAAAAAGAAAAAAUGCAGGCUGCUCUUUUUACCAGUCUCCAGAAGGACAAAAAAGACAUUGCAAACCAUAGUAUAGAGGACAGUCUGUUUUUGUAACAGGUGAACAUGAGGAACUGAUCUGUUUCAUAAUGUACAGGACACAUCUGGAUGAUUAUGUAUUUGUUAUGAUGAGAGAAAUAGAAAAUGAACAGAGUCUGAGUUGGGUAGCUUGGACUGAAAACGGAAAAAAACAAACAAACAAAUAGAUAGAUAGAUGAAACAAAUAAAUAAAUAAAAGAACAUGUUUUUGUUUUCACUUGCAAUGAACAGGUCACAUUACUUACACAGAGCUUCCUCCUACUAAUUAAUAUUCAUUUACAGCUAAUGCUACAAAGUGGUCCAGGAAACCAGUUGUGUGAUAGAUUUAUAUUCGGAUGUGUCUUUGUUAUAUUGAUUAUAUGGUGUUUGUGUCUUAAAGACAGAUUUAAAAACAAUUUAUGUUCUUUAUUUCUUGGUACUCUGCCAGAGAUAGAGAGAGAGAGAGAAAGAGAGAGAGAGAGAGAGAGGGAGGUGGGUCUUGACGUCAUCCGUGUUUUUAGUGGUCUACACGGUUUCCACAAACACUUCUGGUGCUGCCUUCAGAUCGGUGCGGUCAAUGCUUUCCCUCAAAGCAUCAUAUUUGUGGAAAGCCUCUGUUUUCCAGACAAGAAGCUUUCACAGGAGGUUUUACCUGGAGGAAAAGGAUCCCAAUUGUUCUUCAUGUGAAGCGAAAGGGCUGUCAAGAUGAAUGAGAGCGGAGCAGCAAACGAGAGCGUGCCGAGUUUUCCCGUGGCUUCGUGGGUGGACGCCGGAGCCCUGAGCGGAAACAGCAGCCUCGCGCUGUCCUCCUCGUCCUCCUUGCUCCUGGAUUUUCCUAUCAACCCAUGGGACAUCAUGCUGUGCCUCUCCGGCACCGUGAUCGCAUGUGAGAACGCGAUCGUGGUGGCGAUCAUCUUUUACACGCCCACCCUGCGCACCCCUAUGUUCGUCCUGAUCGGGAGCCUCGCGACCGCCGACCUGCUCGCGGGCGUCGGACUGAUCUUGAACUUUGCGUUCCAGUACUUGAUCUCGUCGGAGACGAUCAGCUUGAUCACGGUCGGUUUCCUCGUGGCCUCGUUCACGGCCUCGAUCAGCAGUCUGCUGGCCAUCACCGUGGACCGCUACUUCUCCCUGUACAACGCGCUCACCUACUUAUCGGAGAGAACGUUGCACUGCGUGCACCUGAUGCUGCUGGGCGCGUGGGGCGCGUCGCUGGGUUUGGGCGCGCUGCCCGUGCUCGGCUGGAACUGCGUGCGCGACGCGGCGUCCUGCAGCGUAGUGCCGCCGCUCACGCGCACCAACGUGGCGCUGCUCGCCGUGGCCUUUUUCACCAUCUUCAUCCUCAUGCUCGGCCUCUACUGCAAGAUCUGCAAGAUCGUGUGCCGCCACGCGCACCAGAUCGCGCUCCAGCGCCACUUCCUCGCGCCGUCGCACUACGCCGCUACCAAGAAAGGGGUCUCCACGCUCGCCAUCGUCCUGGGCACGUUCGGUGCGAGCUGGCUGCCCUUCGCCAUCUACUGCUUAGUGGGUGAGCGCGAGGAUCCUCCCGUGUACACCUACGCCACGCUGCUCCCAGCCACCUACAACUCCAUGAUCAACCCGAUCAUCUACGCGUACCGUAACGCCGAGAUCCAGCGCUCGCUCUACGUGCUGCUCUGCGGCACAGCGCGCACCGACGCCUCCUACCGUUCCAGAUCACCGAGCGAGGUCUAAGAGGAGAACUCUUUAUUCCUUCUCUCGACUAUUCUUCAUUGUUCAUUCACCUUGACUUCACCUUGACUUGCCCACACGAAAGUGGGAACUCAAAGUUAAUGCAAUUGCACUUUACUAAGACUCGAGCCAGCCAUGAGUCGCUUUAAAUGCUGUGAACAACAGACUCUGGUGGGGGGAAAAAGCAAAGCCCCCCAACGUAAAGAACAUAUUUGAACUAUUUAUAGUGUAAAAAAUGACAACAAAAAAAACAGCACUUUAUUUAAAAGAUUUGAAAUACCAAAGCAGUAUUGUACAGCUGUUCUGUGCGUUCUGUGAUUGAUGUGAUGAAUUUUUCUAACCGUGUAACUGUUUCUGAUGUUUUUAUAUGGGAAAAAGUGUGAAUGUGCAUCUGCAGUUCUGACUCAGUAAAUUGCACACUUAAAAACUUAUGGGUGAAUACAAUUAUUUUUUCACCAUAUGAUCCCUGACACUGAAUAGUGCAACAAAAAAAAAAACA